UUGGUGCGGACUUAUGUGCCUUACUCGAAGGCCUAGCGCUGCACACAGCGCUGUCAUUUUUUUUUUAAUUGAGGUGCUUUAGGGUUUGUCUAGUGAAAGCAGUGUUUCCCGUCAGUGCAGCAUGUGCGACACGUGCAGCUUCUGAGAGCACCUCGAGAUGGCAGCUGCCGACUGGGCUGUGGGGCUGGCAGGGAGCAGCAUCCUUCUCUUUAUUCCUUCCCUAACUACCGAGCUGUGUUACGAAGUGCCUGGUGCACCUUUCAGCCCAGUCCUGGUUUGCCUUGUUCCCUAUGUGCCAGAGGGAGAGGGGAGCCCAGAGAGCACAGGAACAGACAGCGAGAGGCUGAGAGGUGGGGAAGUGGCAGAAGAGAGGGACAAAUGAAGCUGUCCUGGCUGCUGCAGCACUCCUGUGAGAUGUGCCACUCUGACAUAACACAUUGAAAUCAUGGACAAAAGCACCAGGGUGCUGAGAGGACCAAGCCUCCCACCAUUAACUUAGUGGGAAAAUUUGACCUUAUUUAGUUAAAAAGAAAAAUUAGUGUAGCAGCUCUGUUCUAAAAAGAAAGUUACUGCUUACAUGCCAUGAAUCUGUAAGCUAAACCUCUGCUCCAAAAAUACCAUUGUCUACCAAGCCUGUGUGAGAAGAUACGCAGAGUUUCUGCUAACAGAUAUUCACAGUUUUGUAGAUGAGCCUCAACCUGGAACGCAGCAAGGCAGCUCUGCUGAGAUGGUUCUGACAAGGCCUGCAGUCACUGCUUCCCACUAGAAGCUUCAGCCCAACAACUCCUCCCGUUGUGGGCUUUACAGCAUUUUAACCAGUGAAAAAGAGCAGGCUUCUCAGAUCAUACAAAACAUCUAAGUAUAGCUAAAGAAACCAUGUUUUCUGAAGAGGAAUGUGUCGAUAGAUGAGAUUUAGCUGCUAAAGCCUUUCAUUUUUUUAUGUUAUGAGCCAGGCUGCCUUUCGUACCAAAUAAACUGCUGAGCUCCUUUGUGGGAACGACUGACUGAAACAGCCAUUCUUCACCCAAAUCACACCACCACCCAAAUCAAAGACAAGUGCAAGGAUGCACAAUGAAAGAGCCACGUUGUUUGUGCAAAUCUGUGUGUCUGGGAAGGAUAAGCAGAAAAUGUCAGGUGAGGUGAUUGUCGCACAAAUAUAUGCAUCUUGAUCCACAUGAAAUGACACUAAGGUACCUGAGACAUCCACAAGGUGAUCAACUGUUCAGCCUGGUCCCAUGCAAAAUGCAUGGCUGGAGACCACAGGACACACACAGAUAUCUGAAAUGAAGCCUUGUGUGAGCAUCAGUAUUCCUCUCCCAGGCACAAAUGAAAGAAAUAUUCUCACUACUUUUAAGGCAGCUGAAACUCUAGCUACACCGCUUGUGAGUCCUUUCCUAUAAAUACUAAAAACUGUUAACAUUUUCAGUAUUUAGCAUAAUAGACUGAAUCUGUGUGAUAGCUGAACAACUCUCAGUCACAUAUUAAGCAUGCUUGGUUUGUCAGAGCCAGGCCAACCCUCUUUGCAUCAUCUGUUUUCCCUGAUCUGAAUUUGUGCACCUUUCAUCUUAUUCCUCACUAUAGCACUUUUCACCUGUCACCAUUUGAAUAUACCUCAUUGAUUUCAGGCUGUUUCUUUAAUUAAUCAAAUGUGUCUUACGUUUUAAUCAUGUAAAAAGUCUCCCAGUCAUCUUCCUAGCACAUAUCUUUUAAUUUUCUCCUGCAGGCCUUCCUCUGGAAUGUAUUCUUCUGUAAAUGCACAAGUAAAUUCUCUUUUCCAAUUGUAGAAGAAAGUCUACAGGGGUGAAUGCACUUGGGUGACAGUAUAUUUAGCAGCUAAGUGACUGAGAUUUUUUACAAAGUGAUUUCUUUCUGAGUUUGUGGAGUGCACGCUCAGAAACCCUGUCAGGUCACUAGGAGAGAUUAUAUAUGGGAACUUUCCUUGGGUAUCUGGAACAGGUGUUGAAACAACAUAAUUUUCUGCAAAGACCCUCACAAAAGUGAAGUGUUCACAGCUCAUCUGGCUGCCCCGUGUUCCCCCAAAAGACCCUUUGCUAUCCUUGCAGGAACAGCCGUGCCUGAAAUAACUUUGCUUGGCUUUCCUUACAGAAGUCCCAAUGCUGCCCAGCUCAUUUUCUGGUGGCACUCAGCUUCCCCUGUGCCCCUACCCCGCAGCGGACACAUCCCUGGCCACGGCUGCUGGGAGAGCCAGGGCAGGCUGGCAGGCAGAUCCCGCAGCAAGCACGGCAAGGGGAGGGAGCCACUCAGCCCUCCCCGCCGAGCCGUGCUGAGCCGCGCUGAGCCCAGCCGUGCCGUGCUGUGCCGUACGGUGCCGCACCGUGCCCGGGCUGCUCGGUGCCUGCUGCCACCGGAGCUGUCCAUCUACCCGUGCCCGGUUUCCUACAGCUGCAUCCAUCCCCGCCAUGCGAGAGCGAUGAGAGCAGCUCCUCCAGACGCAGCCUGGCAAUGGAGGAUGAUUUAUUCCAGCUGAGACAGCUGCCGGUGGUCAAGUUUCGUCGCACUGGGGAAAGUUCAAGGUCAGAGGAGGAUGCCAUUUCGGGAGAACAUGAAAUUCAGAUUGAGGGUGUUCGGACAGAGCUAGAGGCUAUCGAGCUGGAGGAUGGAGCUGCAGUGCCAAAAGAAUUUGCCAACCCAACUGAUGAUACUUUCAUGGUGGAAGAUGCGGUGGAAGCCAUUGGAUUUGGAAAGUUCCAGUGGAAGCUCUCUGUUAUUACAGGAUUAGCAUGGAUGGCAGAUGCUAUGGAAAUGAUGAUUUUAAGUAUCCUAGCUCCUCAGCUUCAUUGUGAGUGGCGAUUACCAAGCUGGCAGGUUGCAUUGCUCACAUCGGUGGUGUUUGUGGGAAUGAUGUCCAGCUCCACCCUCUGGGGAAACAUUUCAGAUCAGUAUGGGAGAAAAACAGGGCUAAAGAUUAGUGUGCUAUGGACCCUCUAUUAUGGGAUCCUCAGUGGUUUUGCGCCGAUAUAUAGCUGGAUCUUGGUGCUGAGGGGCCUGGUGGGCUUUGGGAUUGGAGGAGUGCCUCAGUCGGUAACCUUAUACGCCGAAUUCCUUCCAAUGAAAGCCAGAGCAAAAUGCAUUUUAUUAAUAGAGGUCUUUUGGGCUAUUGGAACGGUGUUUGAAGUGCUCCUAGCCGUGUUGGUGAUGCCCACUCUUGGCUGGCGGUGGCUUCUCAUUCUUUCUGCCCUCCCGCUCUUGCUCUUUGCUGUCCUGUGUUUUUGGCUGCCAGAAAGUGCGAGGUAUGAUGUAUUAUCUGGAAAUCAAGAAAAAGCCAUUGCCACUUUAAAGAGGAUAGCAACAGAAAAUGGAGCUCCAAUGCCUUUAGGAAAAUUAAUUAUUUCCAGACAGGAAGACCGAGGAAAAAUGAGGGACCUUUUUACACCCCAUUUUAGAUGGACCACGUUGUUACUCUGGUUUAUAUGGUUUUCCAAUGCUUUUUCAUACUAUGGGUUAGUUUUAUUAACUACAGAGUUCUUCCAAGCAGGAGAUGUCUGCAGCAUUUCCAGUAGAAGAAAAGAAGUUAAAGCAAAGUGCAGCCUAACCUGUGAGUAUCUGACAGAGGAAGACUACACUGAUCUGCUCUGGACAACCCUGUCAGAAUUCCCAGGUGUGUUAGUAACACUGUGGAUUAUCGAUCGGAUAGGCCGCAAGAAAACCAUGGCCCUGUCCUUUUUUAUCUUCUCGUUUUGCAGCCUGCUGCUGUUUCUCUGUGUUGGAAGAAAUGUUCUUACUGUGCUGCUCUUCAUUGCAAGAGCUUUUAUUUCAGGAGGAUUUCAGGCUGCUUAUGUUUACACUCCGGAGGUUUACCCAACAGCCACGCGUGCUUUGGGCCUGGGAACAUGCAGUGGAAUGGCCAGAGUGGGAGCUCUCAUAACGCCAUUCAUUGCACAGGUGAUGUUGGAAUCUUCAGUCUAUUUAACACUGGCAGUUUACAGUGGAUGUUGCCUGCUGGCCGCUGUGGCUUCCUUCUUCUUGCCCAUUGAAACGAAAGGUCGUGGCUUACAGGAGUCCAGCCACAGAGAAUGGGGACAGGAGAUGGUCGGGAGAGGAUCUCGUUCCCCAGGAGUCACCAGGUCUAACUCUGGGUCACAGGAAUGAUGAGACAUGAAAUCCUGCUGAAGGAAUGGAUGAAAUAAGCAAGAUACGUUCCACAAAAGGCCAACUCUGAAGCAUAGAAAGCAGACCAUACUGUCACUGCCAAUGUCAUGUGUCAAACUGCAGGAACUUUGGGGUUGAACCUAAGUAAAUCGUGUCACUACUGCUCUUUGCUCACACACAUAAAAACUUUACUUCCAUAUUGAAAGGCAUUUGAUCCAGAUGUCAUUUGAAACUUAGCAGGAAGGGUUUUUCUUAAGUCUGUUGUGCUUGCAUGGUCAGCUAUUCAGCUUAAAAUGUCCCGUGUCAAGCAAAUAGCUACCUGAAUGCCACUCGGUAUAAGCUGUAAUUAAAAUAAUGUACUCUCGAUGCCUAAAAACAAAAGAUUAAUAUUUAUUGUGUACUUGGCAUAGCACACGGUGGAUUCCAUACACUACAAAAUAGGUUUUAUGAAUUAGAUGCCUGCCUUGCACUUUUUAGCCAUCAGCAACAACACCAAUGCAGUAACAGCAAAACAGCUGAUGCUUACGAGUUCACUUGCUUAUGGGUUCUGCUCCUUGAGAACUAACGGGCACUGUGAGUGAGAUUGCUUGGGAUCUAUUUCCUGAAUGUUUCUCCCACUCGAGGCAGGUAGUUUGCGUUGGUGAGGAGCGGUAUUUGCUGCAGAGAUGGAAUCUCAUGUGAGAAACGUAUGUGCUCUGUAAAUCUUGAUGGUUUGGAGCAGAAUUUGACUUUUCUACCAUUGCCAGGAACACUGAGCACUCUGUUGCUUGGUGAAGACUGCUUCAUCAGUGCUGGUGUCUCUUUGUGUGUGGAGAUGCACGCUGUGGUUUUCUGCAUGGGUCCAGGCCUGUUUCUGCUCAGUUUGCCUAAGUGUGUUCCUGCAGUGCUGCAGCCAGAACCUUUGGUGAGGAUGCCUCAGUCUGAACAGCUACGUGGAACAGUUUGGAUGGGGCCUCUUUUGAGUGUCUCCCAACAGAAGCUGGUCUCCUGACAGCUGGACUGGACUUCUCAAUAGCUGCAGAUUGCACAUGGACUGCAACGGCAAGCUGGUGACAAAGGAAUGUAGCUGGCAUCGCGUCAGAACAAACAUCCUGGGAAGAGCCAAACCACAAUCUUCCUGAGAAGAGGAACUUCACUCCUUCAGACAUAGCCAGCCUGUGGAGGUUGGUGAUCCUGCUCUUGUUGGAGAAUGUAACAGAGUUCAGGUGAGGAUAAGUUUGUCUUGUUUGUCAGAAAUCUGUCUCUGCAGGGAGUCGGAAUUCCGAGUCUGUGGACGCGCAGCGAGGAAAUGCAAACAGAAGCUGAGACCUGUCUUAUCCACGUCUCAGUUUGUUUUCUGAAUUCCACACUGUGGAACACACGACCAAAUGGAAUGAGACGGACUAGAUGCUGAUCGCCAGGCUGCGGGAAAGCAAUACAUUUUUCUAAUACGUGUGGUCCGUUGUCUCACAGAAAUGUUGGUAAGUGUGCAACAAAUUUUGCACAGUAGAGUUAUCUUAAGUAUUCUGGGAACCAAGCCCCUUUUCUGUGGGGUAAUAACAGGUCACUGAGUCUGUUUUUGGGUGCAAUACAAAUGAACACUGUUAGGGUUCACCUUUUGUUUAGGGAUUUGCAGCACUGUAGUGCAGUAUAUUGCUCCAAGACACGUUGGGGCUGUUUGUUUAUAGCACCGAAAAUUAGAAAGAAAAGAAACUGAGGAAACUCAGACUAAUUAAAAAAGGCCAAAGAGUUUGUUGAUAUUCCGUGUUUGAGUAUCUUCUGCUGAGAAAAGGUCAAGUGUGGCAAGGCACCAGAAUGUCUGUCUGCUCUCUUACUGCUUUCUGAUGGUGACUGCAGCGAGGGACUCUGGAAGCAGUGGGUGUAAGCAGGCACUUUCCUUUUUGUGGUUAUAUGAAAAUGCAGCUCAGCUCACAGGAGAUCCUGCUGUCGAUGUGGCUGGUGAUGUAGGAACGCACUGUCUGUUCCAGUGGCUGUUGCUUCGUGUGGGUCUGGUUAUCUUUGAUCUUUGUCUCUGCUGUGUUUGUAUCCUGUGUGCUCGGUCUCCAGCAAGCUCAAGUUCCAGUCAGCCCUCAGCAAACAGACGGGGCUCUCAUGGAGCUGACAACCGGUGCAAAUAAUUUUUUUUUGCCACCUUUUAUCAGGCUGUAGUUGGAUAAUUUUCCCUAACAUACUAUGCAACUGGGGUAGCUCAGUGCUGCCUCAGAGAUGCACUGACUCGUUUCCCUUGGAUGCGUGAGGGACGGGCAUGGUGCUGGCAGAGGAAGGAAGCAUCUCCUGGAUGCUGACAUUUUGGUGUACACCCCAAAACUGGAGUGCCCAGAGGAGAAUCCAGCUGGGUGUGAGCCCACCUUGGAGGUCAGGGUGAAUAUAAAGUGCAUGAAAUCCAUGGCUGGGUGAAUGCCACCUCACAGCCUGGCUGCUACCUUGGUUUGCCACUGAAAGCCUUUUCCUUACAAUUCUGCUUUUCCAGUGUUAAUGUUCACACGGCACUUUGUUAUUCUUUGAGCCAAUAUUCAACAGCAUUGCAAUGGCCUUCAGAGUGUGCAUUCAGAGGAUUUAGGAAAGUAUAGAUAUCUAGUAAACUUCAAACAAAAUAUUGCCCGGGUAAAGGCUUAUAGGUAAGGCAAAGCCUUUGGAUGCUGUUGAGUAGUUCGGGUUUUAACCUGUGACAUUUACAGUAUUGAAAAAAAAUCAAUACAAAUUGAAGGCACUUUUGCUUUUCACUUCUUACAAAUUCUGCAACGGAGAAUGUAUCUAACGAUACGAGCGUUAUUAAGAAGGCGAGGACGUUUGAGAUAGCUCACUGAAAAACCAGAGGGACGUUUGGCUUGAUACACAGCAGCCUAUAAAUAACCAUGCAUCACGUCUUAUCAACAUGGCAGCACCGCUGAUGUACAUAACAAGCUUCCAAAGAUCGUUUCACACGCCGUUGACUAUUUUUCCCUGAUGAAGGAAUUAAUAGAGCUCGUUCACUGAAGACAAUGAAGUGACAUAAUUCUGGAGAGCAAACAGAGUUGUGGGAUUCAGAGUUCUGCUGUCCAAUAUAUGAAUGUGCAAAGCUGUUGUGGGAAAAAGAAUUCUCCCAGUGUGCUUUGAUGGAAUGAUUUCGUAUUCCUAAAUGCUUGCCGAAAGAACAUUGAAUGUUUUCCUGUGUUUGAAUGUACAGUUUCUAAGCUGGAUACAUUUUAAUGUUUAAAAACUUUGUGUAUAUGGAGCUUGUUGUAAAAUGAUCCUCUUGUUCCCCUGUUACGGAUGCAACAUCGGAUCGUUGAAUUCCACCCUAGAUAUUUUAUGUUUAAGAAAUAAAUAGUUUUUUCAGUAAAAAUGCCCUUGGCUGUUCCACAGGAUUGUCACAAAGGUAAGCAACCUCCCUGGGGUUCCCUGUGAUGGUCAGAUAUGGGAUGCCCUCAGGGCAGGGAGGCUUCUUUCUAUUUAUUUACUUCUUUAUGUACACUUUAAUUUUAACCAUCUCAUUUGUAGAAGGCAUAAUAGUGUAACCCUGACAGCCUUCCUCUGCUCUUCCAGUGGUGUUCUGAUGCCCAGUGAUUUACAAACUCAAAGAGGUUCCUCUCUGAGCCACCACGACUCAUCAUCUGCCAACGCUGUGCGUGCUGUGGCAGCGUGCUCCCGUCCCAGCGUGCAGCAUCUCUGCUCUCACCGCCAGCACAGCUGCUGACGGGGUGCUGGGAUGCAGAGCCCCAUGUCUGCGGAUGGGAACAGUUGUCUCGUGGCAGUAACACUGGGGGAGAAUAUUCAUUCUUCUGUGUUUUCUGUGAAUUUUUUUUGGCAUCCUCAGCCCUUCCCAAAGCUCGUUCUGCUUUCCAAAAUGCCGGAGCUGCCGCUGGCUCGCAGAGGAUGACUUUACUGAUACUUGAUGCGUUUCCAGCUUUGUUUUGUGUCACAGGCCAUCGCUGCUGAGAACUGGGAGUUCGUAAAACGUGCUGAUGCUGCCGCUGGAGAGGGCAUUUUUUGCUUGUCAAGACACACUUGCAGCAGCCAGCUGGGCUCCCCGCUGGUUCUCUCUUACCUUACCAUUGCCACAAAAAUGAGCUUAACUCUCCAUGGCUCUUCUACCCCAUGGCGUUCCAUUUAGGGCUUCCAGCAGUGCAAAAUACCGCUCCUGUAGCUCUGCUCUCAAAGCAGAGUGAUCAGCUGAGCUCAGUGGUGGCAUCCCACGCCGUUCUGUCUGGGGGCUGUUGGCAGCCACGUGCAGGCACCCCCACGGUUUCACACUGCUCUAUUUCAGCUUUGUUUGUCCGCUCAGGAAGUGAAAUGACAGCUCUUCCUUCUGCAGGAGGAAACGGCCGGGAAAAACGUAGCAUUGAACACUGGGAGAAGGAACGAUGAU